AUGGCUUAUUCUGAAGAGCAAGGACGUGUCCCCUGUGGUUUCAUCCGCCAGAAUUCUAGCAACUCCAUUUCUUUGGACUUUGAGCCCAACACUGAGUACCGGUUUGUGGAACGAUUAGAAGAGCGCUACAAAUGUGCCUUCUGCCACUCAGUGCUUCACAAUCCCCACCAGACAGCGUGUGGGCACCGCUUCUGCCAGCACUGCAUCCUGUCCCUGAGAGAAUUAAAUGCAGUGCCAAUCUGCCCUGUAGAUAAGGAGGUUAUCAAAUCUCAGGAGGUGUUUAAAGAUAAUUGCUGCAAAAGGGAAGUCCUCAAUUUAUAUGUAUAUUGCAAAAAUGCUCCUGGAUGCAAUGCCAAGAUUAUUCUGGGGCGAUAUCAGCAGGUGACACUGGCCUGUUGUUUCCUGUUGCAGGACCACCUUCUACAGUGCUUAUUUCAAGCUGUGCAGUGUUCUAACGAGAACUGUCAGCAACCAGUCGUACGGAAAGAUCUGAAAGAGCAUUUGAGCACGUACUGCCAGUUUCGAGAAGAAAAAUGCCUUUAUUGCAAGAAGGGUGUGGUGGUCAUCAACCUGCAGAAUCAUGAGGAAAAUUUAUGUCCAGAAUACCCAGUAUCUUGUCCCAACAAGUGUUUGCAGAUUAUUCCAAGAACUGAGGUAGAUGAGCACCUGGCUGUGUGUCCUGAAGCAGAGCAAGACUGUCCUUUUAAGCACUAUGGCUGUACUGUAAAGGAUAAACGGGGGAACCUGAAGGAGCAUGAGCAUUCAGCGUUGAGGGACCACAUGCUUCUGGUGUUAGAAAAGAAUUUCCAAUUAGAAAAACAGAUUUCUGAUUUACAUAAGAGCCUAGAACGGAAAGACAGUAAAAUCCAGCAGCUAGCAGAAACUGUUAAGAAAUUUGAAAAGGAGUUUAAGCAGUUUUCACAGUUGUUUGGCAAAAAUGGAAAAUUGCUAUCAAACAUCCAGGCUCUUGCCAGUCACAUUGACAAAUCUGCUUGGCUAGAAGCACAAGUGUGUCAGUUAUUACAAGCGGCUAACCAGCAACAAAAUAAACUCGACCUGAGGCCUUUGGUAGAAGCAAUUGAUACAAUUAAACAGAAAAUUACCCUGCUAGAAACCAAUGAUCAAAAAUUAGUUGUUUUGGAAGGGCAGACUAAUAAACAUGAUGCCCACAUUAAUAUUCAUAAAGCACAGCUGAAUAAAAAUGAAGAGCGAUUUAAACUGCUUGAGGGUGCAUGCUAUAAUGGGAAGCUCAUCUGGAAGGUGACAGACUACAAGAUGAAGAAGAGGGAGGCAGUGGACGGGCACACGGUCUCCAUCUUCAGCCAGCCCUUCUACACCAGCCGGUGUGGCUACCGGCUCUGCGCUAGAGCUUACCUGAAUGGGGACGGGUCUGGGAAGGGGACGCACCUGUCACUAUACUUUGUGGUGAUGCGAGGGGAGUUUGAUUCACUAUUGCAGUGGCCAUUCAAGCAGAGGGUGACCCUGAUGCUUUUGGACCAGAGUGGCAAAAAGAACCACAUUAUGGAGACCUUCAAGGCUGACCCCAAUAGCAGCAGCUUUAAAAGACCUGAUGGGGAAAUGAACAUUGCAUCUGGCUGUCCCCGCUUCGUGGCUCAUUCCACACUGGAGAGUGCCAAGAACACCUACGUUAAGGAUGACACCCUGUUCUUGAAAGUGGCUGUGGAUUUAACUGACCUGGAGGAUCUCUAAUCAUUAUUUCUGGGGCGAUAAGAGGACUUCUUGGGUCCAGAUCCAUGGAAGAGGACACCUUCGACUAUCAUGCUAACCUGCAUCUAGACUGAAUACACAUUCAUAUUUGGCCCAUUGCCUUUAAUGUUUGAAGUGGAUUCAAAGUUCCUGAAGUGCUGUUACCUUUCCACUUUUUACUCUGUCCAGUUUGAAACUGAAAGCACUUAGAAUAUCCUCUUGUUAUUUAUAUAUAUAUAUGUUUUUUUAUCUCUUUAAACAGAGGGUAAGUUUCUUGAAAGCAAGGUCUGGGGCUUCUCUCUUUCACUGGUGCUUAGCACAGUGUCUCAGGGUAGACACUGUGGAAUACUGUAUAAUAUGGAAUGUUACAGAGGAGAUAAAGGUGGCAGAAUUCCAAAUUGAAAAUGCUUUGGUAUUUUAUUAUUUGAUCUGUUGAUUCUAG